AUGGUAGAUCAUUUUCCCUUUACAAACUUUAAGAAUCUUAUAUACGUAUUGGUUGUAAUACGGUAUAUCAAAGACUUUUCUCUGUCUCUGGCAUUAUUUUCAUGGGUAGCAAUGACUCUAAGUGAAAUCGUUUAUAAGAUCACUCUAACUUGCAUUGAUACCCACACUGCUCUUCCAGUUGCAUCAAGUGUGCUUAACCGUCUACUACGAUACUAUAAAUUCGUAUUAAUAUUCCAAAUCGUAUAUUGUAUAAUUUAUCAUUAUGCCUUGGAUAGAUCGGAAGACAUUUGUAAGAAUAGAUUUGGCUUUUUUUUCGUCCAAUUAAUUGGAGAGUACGAUUGCAAUGAACCUAGAAACACAUAUAUCAUUUGGGGCCUUGACAUAUGCAUCAUUCUUCUUCAACUAGCAUAUUUGAAUUCAUGCUUGUCAGGUUUCAGUACCUCAUUAGAUUUUUUGAAAUGGGACUCUUUCUCUUCAGAGAGUUUAAUGCUGUAUACAAACUCCUCAUAUAACAACCGGUACGGUAGCUUAUUAUCAAACUGA